AUGGCCCCCCAUGCCACCGAAGCCUCCUCCCCCUCCGUCUCGGCUCAGGUGCCUCCCAUCACCGUCAUCGCCUCAUCCCGCGCCGUCGUCUCCGGCCGUCUCACCGAGGCAACCCUCGUCGUCUCCACCUUCACUGGAAAAAUUACGUCAAUCUUCCACUCCGUUCUGCCGCCCUCCGAUUUCCCUCCCGGAACUCCCUAUGUCGACUAUUCCCCCAAGAUUUUGCUUCCGGGUCUCGUCGAUGCUCAUGUCCAUCUGAAUGAGCCGGGUCGCACCGAAUGGGAAGGCUUCUGGACCGGCACGCGUGCCGCUGCCUUUGGCGGUGUCACUACCGUCGUUGACAUGCCUCUCAAUGCCAUCCCUCCCACCACAACAGUCGAGAACCUGAAGACCAAGAUCGACGCCGCUCAGGGCAAAUGCUGGGUGGACGUUGGUUUCUACGGCGGCAUCAUUCCGGGCAACGACCAGGAGCUGAAAGCCCUUGUCCAGGCCGGCGUGAGGGGGUUCAAGGGUUUCCUCAUUGAGAGUGGAGUCGACGAGUUCCCUGCUGUCGCUUCUGAAGACAUCAGAAAGGUCCUGGCGGAGCUGGCUGACGAGCCCACCACGGUCAUGUUCCACGCUGAGAUGAUCCCUCCCAUCACCGCCUCUGUCGGCGAUGACGUCCAAGCUUCUGAGCCGCCACUCCAGCCUUCCGGGCCUCUGACCACUUACCAGACAUUCUUGGAUUCGCGGCCUCCUUCAUUCGAGACUUACGCCAUUGCUGAAAUUCUCUCCCUCGCCCACCUUGCUCCCCAGCUUGACCUGCAUAUCGUACACCUUUCGGCCAUCCAAGCCAUCCCAAUGCUGCGAGAGGCACGUGCAAAGGGCAUCAAGAUCACGGCCGAGACGUGCUUCCACUACCUGAGCUUGGCCGCCGAAUCUGUCAAGGAGGGUGACACCCGGCACAAGUGUUGCCCUCCAAUCCGGGAGCAGUCGAACCAGGACGGCCUAUGGGCGGAGUUGCAACGUCCCGAAGACAGCAUCAUCAAGACCAUCGUGUCCGACCACUCGCCAUGCACGCCCGAUCUAAAGCUGCUGCCGGCCAAGCUGGCCGAUCUGGGCUGCACCGACCCACACAACGUAGACGGCGCCGAUGGAGAUUUUUUCAGCGCUUGGGGCGGCAUCAGUAGCGUUGGCUUGGGGCUGAGCAUCCUUUGGACUGAGGCAAGGACCCGCAACAUUACGAUUGAGGAUGUGGUCAGAUGGUGCUGCAAGAACACGGCCAAGCAGGUUGGCCUGGACGACACCAAGGGCGAUUUGGGCGUCGGAUAUGAUGGUGACAUUGCCGUCUUCGACGAUGAAGCCACCUUUGUUGUCGAGCCUAGCACAAUGCUGUUCCGCAACAAGUGCUCGCCCUACGAGCACAAGACGCUUCGCGGAGUCGUCGCCGAGACAUGGCUGCGUGGACAGAAGAUCUUCACCAGAACCGACGGGUUUGUGGAGAAGUCGGGUCCAAUCGGAAAGCUUCUUCUUGAGCCGCGGAAGCCGAAGGUUGAAGUCUAG